AUGAGUGAAGAACUAAGCUAUGAUGACCUUGUAGAACAUAUUGUUUUAAAUAAACCGAUACCUAAUGUCGUUCAAGUUCCUGAUACGGUGCUUGAUAGUAAACUAGGCUCACAACCAAGAUUAACACAACGGAUCAAACCAUGGGAACAAGUGGAGGUUGCUGGAGAAGAAACGCCAACAAAUGAUAAUUUCGGAUUAGUAAACUUGUCGACUAACUCAGACCUUUCGAAAGACAUGGAUAACCUUUCUAAGCUUUACGCUUUGGAAGCAGACUACAUAGCUACUUUGCAGAAAAAGGAGCCAAUCGAUAAUGAAACUGGUGAUGUAAAUAAUGAUCAGGAUGCUAGUUAG